AUGUAUCAUGGGCAUAGCAAUGAUUUUCCAAUGCGUUCUAAUAAAAAGAUUAUUCGACGAUUGAGAAAUGCUAAAGAUCGUAUCGUUCGUAACAAUCUGUUAUCUUCAACAUCUCCUGCUGAAUCUGCCGAUGCUGAAGAGUCUGAUGAUCAAAAUGAUGACACUGUUGAAUUAAUGAACGUGGAUGGACAAGACGAGGAAGCUCAAUUUGAUUCGACUUUGUUGGAAGAUCCUACAGACGACACACCAAUCGUUAAUACAGAUUUGACCAGUGGCGAGGAAAUUGAAGAAUAUACCGAAACUGAUACUGAGAACUACGCUGUUCGUAGUUCUCAGCCAAGUACGAAAGAAAUCUCAACUAUCCUUGCACUUUUUCGUCAAAGGUAUAGAUUAUCUAAAGCAUGCAUCAAUGAAUUGUGUAGUUUAUUACGGCAUCUUGGUGUGCACAACGUUCCAACUGAUUUUCGUUCCAUUGAGAAAAAUCUUACAAAAGAUCAUGAAAAUACUUUACAUGCAAAAGCAUGUAUCGUGUGUACAUCAUGUGGUAGUAGAGGAUCUAGUGUAGAAAAGUGUGAAAAUGUGAAAUGUAACUCAAAGAACAACUUCGUAUCAACCCCAACAAAACUAUACACUUUUCGAAUUCUUCCACAAAUAACAUCAAUCUUAGAACGAAAUCGACUUAUAUCCGAACCGAAUACAAGUGAUCAUUCAAAGAUUGCUGAUGUUAUUGAAGGUCAAUUUCUGCGCAAUAUUCAUUCGAAAGAACGAUUUAUUGAAUCGCAACGACAAAUAGUAUCGCUUUUGAUAAAUAGUGAUGGAGUUUUGAUUAAAAGGUUCAAUCGAUCGGUGUGGGCAAUUUGUAUGAUAAUUAAUGAAUUACCACGAAAUGUUAGAUUCAAUUUAGAUAACUUAAUCAUUUGUUCGCUGUCAAUGGGUGGUCAGAAACCAAAAAAGCAUCAUUUUCAGGAUUUGAUAGGCGAGUGGGUGCAUGAAUUGCGACAACUAGAACUGGGAUUUUAUAUUUUACCUAAUUAUUCUCAACACACUUUUAUUAAAUUCCACGCAUAUUUAAUUGCUGCAGCGAUGGACAAACCGGCGCAGUCAUUACUUAUGAACAUUAAUGAAUGUACAGGUUAUUACAGUUGCGUCCGAUGCACCAUCAAAGGCAAGUCAGUCGCAAGUGGAAAUGGCACGAUACGUGCAUUUAUCAAAGAUAAGAAGGAAAAAGUGCAAAUUCGAGAUAAUAAUUUGUAUGACAAAUGUAUUCAUAUAUUUACUCGCAGAAAAACAAAAUUAAAAUCAGGUGAUCUUGAUGUUACUUGUGGAACUCGUGGACACUGUGCUUUGCGUGCUCUGACCUAUUUCAAUAUUGGUCCAUCGUUUGUCACGGAUUCUCUUCAUAAUAUCUACUCCGGAGCAUUUAAACGAUUAUUAGACAUAUGGUUCAAAAGUCGUGGUGAUUUGUAUUCAAUACAUAAAAGUUUGCAUGUUGUUGAAGCUCAAUUGGAUGGCAUUCGUUAUCCUUCAUCAACCUACCAUCUGCCAUCUCAACUUAGAUUCUUUACACGAUUCAAAGGCAACGAAUAUCGCAUGACAUUAUUAUUUGGAUACCAAUAUUUCAAGUCAGUUCUACCAUUACAAUAUUACAAACAUUUGAAAAUGCUUGCGUUUGCGAUGAACUUAGCAGAAUCAUCUGCAUUAGGGCAAGAAACAAUUAAAGACAUCGAAUUCCUAUUGAAUGAAUUCGAAGAAUUAUUUCCAAUAUUGUACUCCAGUGUUAAUGGACCGAACGUUGUAGUCGAUGAAUUAAUCAAUAAUAUUAAUAUAUUACAGUGUGCCACGGCUGAGUUAAAAAAGAAUGAUUUUAGUAGUUCACUUAGAAAUUUUGUUCUUCAAAUGUUUUCAUCGAAACGGCGUGCAUUUUCGAUCGAAUCAUGUACACCCGAAAAUGGUUAUAUUCAUUUUGGUCGAGCACUUCAAUUAUCGAAUCAUCAUAGAAUAGUAACUUACUUGAACAUAAAAGGGUAUCGUGUUGUACAACGUGGUAUGAAAAAUGAUGAUGAAAGAGUUUUAAUGAAUUUGCAACAACAAUUAAACACAGAUAUUAUCAGCAAAUUAGACGCAUUGGUUGAAUCGUCACAAUCUAAAUUACUUGAAAUUCAUGGACAAUUAUUGUCCAAAGCGCAUGGUGUUAGAGCUGUAGAUUUAUUAAAGAAAAGAGAUUGUGAAUUAGUGCAACCAACCUGUGCUCUUGGAAAAAGAGUGAAUAAUUGGUCGGGUAGUAAUACAGCUAAGAAUACUUCAUUAAAACAUGAGGACACACGAGUUAAACAAAUGUAUGAUAAGGGUAAAGAAGAAUUUCAUCGUAUUAAUGAAGACAUCAAGAGCAUUUAUAAAUCAAUUGGAACUGUCGAUAUUAAGAGUUUGAAAAUGAUUGAUGAAUUAUGUCGUGCCGCUCAAAGUGGAAUAGAAUCGAUGGUAUCGGCUUGUGGAAGAAUGCGAGCUUAUUUAAAAGCGAUCGAUGUUGAUCAAGACUUUUUGGUUAAUUCUGUAUUAGAUGCGGCACGAUCGAUGAAUAUCGCUGAUGGAUAUAUGGAUACAACGAGAAUUCACCAUAUUAAACAAGUUUUAGGAUUAGAAUAA